UGAUGGAGAGCUGUUAAUAGACGGUGCCGCCCUUCGCCCCUUGGCACAUUCAUCUUUCAGCAGUUUAGCGUCGACGCAGCCAGGACUUGUUGCUCGCAGCGAAAAGAGGUGUAUGCCUGAGAGUGAAAAGACAAACCCUAUACCCUACUCAGAUUUAGGUUUGUUUGCCUUGAAACCUCGGCAGGUCCUUCUCGCAUUGCAGCAAAAGCAGCAGAGCUCAUCAAUGGCAAACCAACUCACUGAUGAACGCAAGUCUCUCCUUCUCCACUCUGUCCUCCAGUAUCUCCACCGCAACGGCUUCUCCAAAACCCUCAAGCGCUUUCUUAAGGAAGCUGAGAUUAAGGGUGAUAGUUGGAAGUCUAGUUCAUUUGAUUUGGAGAAUAUGUAUUGCAAAUAUCUGGACACUUGGAAUGAUGCCAAAUCAAAUUUGAAAGGUCAGAAAGAACAAGAGCAACAUGAAGAUGGAGCACAAGAGAGUAAGGAAGUCAAUAACCAUACUGGUUCUGGAGAUACUAUUACUAUGAAAAAGAAGAAGAAGAGUAACAAGGAUAAGGAGAAAACCAUGACUGAAAUUGUUGAUGGGCACGCUAAACCUGCUCCAAAGGCAGAUGGGAGCUUAACAGAUCAAAAGCUCAAUGAAUCAAAUGUCAAAUCUAAAAGUAAUAAAGGUGAAAAGGUAUCUGCUUCUCUCAACCCUGUCGAUCUAAAAUCAGAGGCGACAAAAGAGGCUGUUCUUGGUUCAGUAUGCAACUUACAGGCAGAGAGCACUGAGAAGGUGAAAGACAAGAAAAAGAAGAAGAAAAGUGCAUUAACAUCUGAAUCAUACGAAGGCAAUGAAAACCAAUUAGCUCAGGUGUCUGGAGGAAAACAAGAGACCUCAGAAUGUUUGGCAUAUCAAAGUAAUGAUAGUAAAAAUGUUGAUGAGGGCAAUGCUAAAAAGGAAAAAAAGAAAAAAAGCAAGUCUAGCAAACAGGAUACUGAUUCUUGUGCACAGAACUCUGUUGAAGAAAAACCAGUGAUAGAAAAUAAUCAUGGAAGUUUUGACACUAUAGAAAAUGGAGAUACUCAUUUUAAGGACUCUAAGAAAAGAAAAAGAAUGGCUUCUGAUGAAAAUGCAAACCAGCAAGUUGAAGGAGAAGAUAUUGAAGAAUCUAAACGAAGAAAGACUGAAGCUGUGGAAGAAGCAAAUAAUGGAUUGGAAAACUCUGCACUGGAGAAGUCCAGGCAGAAACAACGCAAUGAUUCAUCUGAGCCCAGAACCGUAAAUGCUUUCCAAAGGGUUAAAGUGGAUGAAGUGGAAUUUGUUGAUGACAGGCUUCGGGAUAAUUCUUAUUGGGCAAAGGGUGGUGCAGAUUCUGGCUAUGGUGCCAAAGCACAGGAAGUCUUGGGACAGGUCAAAGGAAGGGGCUUCCGGCAUGAAAAGACCAAGAAGAAGAGGGGUUCUUACAGGGGAGGCCAAAUUGAUCUACAAUCUCAUUCAAUUAAGUUCAACUAUUCUGAUGAGGACUGAAAGGAUUACAUCCUUGGUUUCAAGAUCAAAUUCCCUUCAUGCUUUUGAAGCUUUUAAGCCUUUAUUGUACUUUAUUCAGUAGAAGAAAAGAGUGCUUUAUUGGAGGGGUCCGGGGAUUUUUGGGGGCAGUAGGUGAUUUGGCAGGCAUCAAUGAUUAAGAACUUUAGUCUUACAGCAUUAUUAAUUAAUGUAUUAAUUAUUAAAAUAC